AUGGGGUUUACCUCAAAAUGGCGCAACUGGUUGAGGUUAUGUUAUGCUACUUCAUCAUUUUCAGUUUUAAUUAAUGGAUCUUCUUUUGGUUACUUCACAAGUACAAGGGGAGUUCGACAGGGAUGCCCUGUUUAUCCUCUUUUGUUUAACAUUGCGAUGGAGGGUUUUUCCAGAUAUAUAGAUAGAGUUGCGAAUCAGGGUCUUUUCAGCGGUUUCUCAGUCACACCUACAAGUAUCAUAGUGAAUCACCUUCAUUAUGCAGAUGAUACGAUUUUCUUUGUUGAAAAUAACAAGGAGCAAUUACAUAAUCUGUUUUCAGCUUUACAGUGUUUUGAGUACAUUGCAGGUUUAAAAGUAAACACUGCCAAGACAAGGCUUAUUUCUGUUGGAGAAGUCCCAAACUUAGCCUUGUGGGCUGAGGAAUUCGGUUGUGCAAUAGACUGUUUACCUUUCCAGUAUUUGGGAAUGUCGUUAGGUGCUAAGUCCAGUUCGAAGAGAAUUUGGGACCCAAUUAUAGAGAAAUUCGACGCCAGAUUAUCCGUCUGGAGACGUAUUUCUUUAUCAAAGGGAGGUAGUUUAAUUUCUUUUUGGAAUGACAUUUGGUGUGGAGAUUUGUCAUUAGAAAAAGCACAUCCUAAUCUUUAUAAGCUUUCCCGGGAUAAACAUGUAACAGUUGCGGCAAUGAUAUCUUUGGAAGGUGGUUGGAAGUUUGAUUUUAGGCGUGUUCUUUCAAAUACAGAGGUGGUGGAAUUUGCUACACUACUUACCAUUAUAGGGGACAAUCCACCUACUCAAAAUGAUCUGACGGAUACUCGCAGAUGGAAACUUAACCACACGGGAGUUUUUACUAUGAAAUCACUAUAUGCUAAAUUAGUGGCAGAAGAUGGAGUUAAUCACUUUCCUUAUUCGUUCAUUUGGAAGACGGAAAUACCACCAAAUAUUAAUAUCUUAAUGUGGUGUUUGAUUCACGGUAAACUGAAUACUGAUAUCUUGCAACACAAAGGUAUGGAUCUCCAUAAUUCUUGUGUUCUGUGUGGAAUUGGUGUAGAAUCUCAGGAUCAUUAUUCUUACAUUGUAAGAUUGCUUAUAAGAUUUGGUCGAGCAUUCUGCUUAAUACAGGUUGGAGUUGGGUUUUACCGGGUUCCAUGA